UUGUGUUGCAUUACAACAUUACAAACAAACCGUUCAUAUCUCUUCGUGUGUGUGCCGUGUCUCUCUCUCUCUAGAUGUAUACAAACAUAUAUAUGUGUUUUUGAGUGUGUUACUGUGUGUAAACCAGUUGUUUUUCAUUUCUCCCUCUUUGGAAUUCAGCCCUUUUGAAACAACUUUCAGAUUACGCCAACUAUUAAAUCUUUUUUUUUUGUUUUUGGCUAUCUGGGAUUUUGUUCUCUUGAAGAAAGAUUGAAUCUUUCUUGAUUUUGGUUAUCUGGGGUUAAGUGUUUUUGAAAAAAGAUUCAAUCUUUGUUGGUUUAGGUUAUCUGGGGUUAAGUUUUUUUGAAGAAAGAUUGAAUCUUUCUUGGUUUUGGCUAUCUGGAGUUAAGUUUUUUUGGAAAAAAGAUUCAAUCUUUUAUUGUUUUGGUUGUGUGGGGUGAAAUUUUGUGUAGUAAUUUGGUGUAAAUACAUAAAUUUUGGUGUAAAAGAAAGGUGUUUUUUAGAGGGAUGAGGAUGGGAGGUGAAAAUGUAGUGGGGUAUGAGAGGGAGGUAGAAGAAGAGGAAGAGGAAAGGGAAAUGGAAAUGGUGGUGGCUCAUGGGUCUCCCCAGCAACAGAUGAAGUUGGUGGUGGUAGGCUAUGCUCUUACAUCCAAGAAAACUAAGAGCUUUUUGCAGCCCAAGCUUGUAGGUCUAGCUAGGAAUAAGGGAAUACUGUUUGUUGCUAUAGAUCAGAGCAGACCCCUUUCAGAUCAAGGUCCUUUUGACAUUGUGCUCCACAAGUUGUCAGGAAGCAAGUGGAGUUGUAUUCUUGAGGAUUAUAGGAAAACACAUCCACAUGUCGCGGUCCUUGAUCCUCCAGAUGCCAUACAGCAGGUAUAUAAUCGUCAAUACAUGCUUGAAGAUGUCGCAGACUUGAACUUGUCAGAUAGCUAUGGCAAAGUAGGUGUUCCCAGGCAAUUGGUUAUAGAGAAAGAUCCUUCGUCUAUCUCAGAUGCAGUGGAUAAAGCUGGUCUUUCACUACCUCUUGUGGCAAAGCCUUUGGUUGCAAAGUCACAUGAGUUGUCUCUGGCCUAUGAUAUGGCCUCUCUUCAGAAGCUUGAACCCCCACUUGUUCUGCAGGAGUUUAUCAAUCAUGGAGGUGUACUCUUUAAGGUUUUUAUUGUUGGGGAAGCCGUUAAGGUUGUCAGGCGUUUCAGUUUACCUGAUGUUAGCAAACGCGACCUGUCCAACAAUGCUGGGGUUUUCCAUUUCCCCAGGGUUUCGUGUGUUGCAGCAUCUGCGGAAGAAGCUGAUUUAGAUCCUAGUGUUGGUGAGCUUCCUCCGCGGCCAUUACUUGAGAGGCUUGCGAGGGAACUUCGUCGUAGACUGGGUCUCAGGCUCUUCAACUUGGAUAUAAUUCGAGAGCACGGGACCAAAGACUGUUAUUACGUGAUAGAUAUCAACUACUUUCCUGGGUACGGAAAAAUGCCAGAAUAUGAACACAUAUUUACAGAUUUUCUCCUGAGCCUUAUGAAGCAGAAAUAACAAGAAAAUCCGUCCUGUAUAUAACUUGUCUAUACUAUAGAAGAGAAGAAGAGGAUAUAAUCCAGUCAAUACAAGCAAGGAGAAAACUCAUAAAAGUGCAGAAACUAAAAGCUAAUAUUAGAAGACGCGGGCGGAGAAGCACGAAAGAAGUUCCAUCAAAUGUCUGAAAUGACUUCUGGCUGAAGAACACAGUUACACAAUUCUAGCAACAAAGCCUUGACUCCAAUCUUUGUUUGUUUGUUUAAUAGUUUUGGCCAUUUUAUUCCUCCUUUGGGUUAACAAGAGUAAUUUGAGUUCCUGGUAAAUGUUUUGCUGGAAAGUAAAUGUGUGUGUACAUAAAGUACCAAACUUUUUGCUGCCACCUUGUAUAUAUAUAU